UCGUACAAUUUAUUUCCAGGUGAACACCCCACGUUUAAGUAAUCAUCCAAAUAUCUCGUAGACGACUUUCGAUUUCAUAUCUUCGCAUUCACCGCUCUCCCUUCAACCCUCGCCUCCGCUGCGCUUUUCACCUAACGUGAUUCUCUCUAUUUCAAGGACUGGAAAAUUGCAGAAUUGCGGUUAGGGUUAGGGUUUGGACCUGAGAAUUUAGGUGUUUUUUACUUUCGAAUCCCGCCAUAAAAUAAUUUGUGCGAUGUACGCUGAUCGAUUGGAGGCUGGAGGGAGGCUUCCAGUAAAGGAUAGGCUCAACGGCAGAACACUUGAUGGUUCUGGUCGCUGGCGACAAAUCUCCGGCAAGAGGCAGAGAGAGGAUGAUGACAAAUGGGAGCAUGAUUUGUAUGAGCACAACAGGCCUCAAAUGUCAAGAAGAAAAAUAGGUUCUACAGACCUUCGUCUGAAGCUGCAGAGGAAAAGUAACCAACAAGCUUCUCAAAGUGGGAAGGCAGAUCUACGUGAAAGGCUUUCUGGUAUAUUUCAUCCCCAAGUGGAGAAUGAUCUGCCAAAGCCAAAGAAUGCACCUGAGAUCAGUAAACCUGUUAUGAAAAAUGUCAUAUCUGAAGCUCCUAUAUCGGCGACCAAGAAAGUUUCUAACAAGAUUAUUAAGAAGAGUCAACAGAAGGCUGGAUCAAUGGAUAGUUUUCUGCAGUCAUUGGGUCUUGAGAAAUAUUCCAUUACAUUUCAAGCUGAAGAAGUUGACAUGGCUGCCCUUGUACACAUGACUGAUGAAGAUCUUAAGGCUAUGGGAAUACCAAUGGGUCCAAGAAAGAAGAUACUUCUGGCAUUGGAGUCUAAAUCCUGAGAGUUGGGGCUCUUCUUAUCCUUUUACUCCUUUGAUGGCUUAUAGUGUGAUUCACUCUUUAGAGGGCCCAUUCAUUUUAACUGUACAAGUAUGUAAUGCAACUUCUAUGGGAUUUUAUUUUAUUUUUCAUUUUUUUAUCACUCUUUUAUAUCACUGGUAGUGGAUCCACCAUCAACCAUUAAGCAAGUGAUCAUUAUUAUUUUACUCAUUUUUUGUGCUUUUACCAUGUAAGCUGGAUUGUACAUUUUACUGCAUUUCCUCAUAAAGCAAUACAUAAUCACAGGUGUUUGGGGGAUUAA